UAUGUCGACAGUUUUACUUUUAGUAUUGACUGUCACAAUAAAAUUUCAAGUAAAAUGCAGAGCCAAACAUUGAAUUAAAUUGUUUUAAUCAGUCUAGAUCUAGAUCUGUAUAUUUUAAAAUUAUUUAAGCAAUAUUACUUCAUGAAAUUUUAACUUAAGAUUCAAAAUCUAACUUAAUAGAUAAUAAAUAAUGGAAAGUGUUGGCAGAAAAACCAAUAAAACUCGGAGAGAGACAGCCGUCCAAGGCACAAAUGACAGUAGUAUUGUGAGUAAAUGCUCUACAUCAUCAUGUGGUUAUUUUAAUGAUCCUUUUCUUCACUUCUUUGUCUCCAAGUUAAGUAGAAGAGCACCACUAAUACACAGAGGUUACUACAUUAGAGCUGUUGCCUUUGACAGAAUUGUAAAAAACUUUCUAGAGGUCUUUGGAAAAGAUUCAAGAAAGCAGAUUAUCUCCCUUGGGUGUGGCUUUGAUUCAACUUACUUCAGACUUAAAGCUAGUGGACAUCUUAAAAAUACAAUAUUUUGUGAGAUUGAUUUUCCAGAAGUUGUGAAGAGAAAAUGUCUUCUAAUUGACCACACUGAUGAGCUUCUUGCAUUAAUUGAGAAAAAUUCUGCACAGCCGUGCUCACCUCAUAUAGAAUUAAGUUGCUCGGAUUACCACCUUCUGGGAGUUGAUCUAACACAGCUGAACACACUAGAGGCUGCUCUCAAAAUCUGUGGUGUCAACUUUGAUGUCCCAACAUUGCUGCUUUCAGAAUGUGUACUGACAUACAUGACUCGCAGAUGUUCUACAGAGCUGGUGAAGUGGGCCUCUGAAACUUUUGAACAAGCAGUUUUUGGAAUGUAUGAGCAGAUUAAUCCAGAUGAUGCGUUUGGCCUCUUCAUGCAACAUCACUUUCAUUCUAUUGGCUCACCCCUUAAGUGUAUUAAUGCAUUCCCUACUCUGGAAUCACAGCUUAAACGUUUUCUCAACACAGGUUGGGUAUGGUGUGAGGCCUUUGAUAUGAACACAUUUUAUUAUCAAUUUGUACCAGCUGAAGAAAAAAGACGCAUUGAGUGCUUGGAGACAUUUGAUGAAUAUGAAGAAUUAAAUUUAAAGUAUUCCCAUUAUUUUAUUCUCACUGCAUCAACUACUCAUUUGGCUAAGAGCCUAAUUACCGAUAUAACUACAUCAAUUGAUUUCAAAGCAACUUUUUUGCCCCCAUCCGUGCCAAGUUCGUUAACCUUUGAACGAUUACCAGAGGAUGAUGAGUCAGUAAGAAGGUUUGGACAUGCAUCAAGCUUGAUUAGCAACAGAUAUGCUGUAACCAGUGGGGGUUUUGGUGAAAUUGAUGGCCGCCAUCAACGACUUUGUGAAAUUACUAUAACAGAUACAGUUGGGUUUAAAUCAUUUCAUGUGCCAUGCUACUUGAAUCAUGUACAGUAUUCACGAAUGCACCAUGCAUCGGUUACACUAUCGGAUGGAACAACAUUUCUGAUUGGUGGACGCCAGUCCCCUUACUUUAUGUGUGAUCAGAUGUUAAAAUUAAACUUAUUUAUCAGUUCCGAUCAUCAACAUUGUGAUUCACACACGAACAGUGGACUCUUGAAUUCUUUUGUGGAAAAAUCAACGGAAAACAUUUCAACACAGUCUUAUAAAAAUACUGAACUACAUAGUGAAAAACAUGUAGCCAGUAAAAGAACUUUGUCAUCGAAUUGCUUGAAAGAACACAAUACAGAGCCAAAAGAUGCACCUCCUCAGUAUAACGAUGAGAUGUCUAAUCCUUGUGAGCCUGAGGCAGUAAUCUGCUGUGAUAAAGCUGAUGAUAUAGAGUGUAACUUAUCCAACAAAGAUACUGAUUUGUCUGCAACGUCAUGGCCAUUUCAGCUUGGUCAUGUUGAGGUUAGCAUUGUUUCACAAAAAGGAUUUGUUCCAAAGGAAAGAUGGAGGCAUGCUGCUGUGGCUGUUGUUGUUGAUGGACAGGAAAAGAUAUUUAUUCAUGGCGGGAAAACAAAAUCAUGUCAGGUGUUAGGGGACAGUUUCCUGUUUGAUCCAGUCUCUAACUGCUGGAGUGAGUUAACAUGUACAGGGGAGGUGCCAGGGCCCCGUCACUCCCACUGUGUCAGUUACUGGAAUGGUCAUGUCAUCAUGACAGGUGGGGUGGAUCCCUACCAUGAGCCUAUUGCUGAUGUCUUGAGCCUGGACCUGGUCAGUGGGGUGUGGAGCAAGCUAAACAUCACAGGCACCCUGUACCCCAGAUAUUCCCAUACAGCGCACUUGGUGGAGGAUAAAAUUGUUUUAAUUGGUGGCGUCAACACACAUCACCCACCCCCUGGAGUUGCUGUCAUUAACUUAACAACACAAAGGUCAAUGGAGUUUGCCCUGCCUAACCAGGAGAAAAAAAAUCUUUUGAUGUUUCAUCGCCACACCUCCAUCCUGCUGGAUUCAGAUGACAUCAUUGUGUUAGGCGGAGGAGGAAAUUGUUUCUCAUUUGGCACACAUUUAAACCGCACUCCGGUCAUCCUUAGUGUUGAGUCAUGCUUAAAUGCGGUUUGAAUAUGUCAUCAUGCUAUCUUAUAUGUGGGCUGGCAACUUUAACUUAGACCACACACAAAUAUGAAUGCUUUUUCUUUUCUUGGUUACUAUUAUAAAUACUGUAUCAAAUAUUUCAUGUCUAAUCAAAUAUGAUCUUUUAUUUAAUUAAUGAGCUACUAAAUUUAAUUUAAUUUAAAAGUGUAAGGUUUAUAAUUUUCUGUCAUAUUGUUAAGAAAUAUUUUAACAUGUUACAAUACUAAUUUUUAGUAUUUUGGAUCUGUUUAAAAAACAGCAAAAGAUGAACUGUUAGGAUGGAUGUGUUCAACUUAACAAUCAUUUAUAGUUAUGGUGUGCUGGCUUAUAGACACAAUGUGUAAACUAAGACAACUAUCUUUAAGGUUUUUAUUUUCCCUUCCAAUCAAAGGAAAAUAAAUCCCAGUUAGAUGCUACAUUUUCUACAAGUUAUUUAUGUAUUUGAAAAAAAAAAUCAGUGUAAUUCACAUGACAAAAAGGUUUAAUUUGCAAAAGAUGUUACAGCUACUACAAUAUCUUGUAAAUUUUCUAUUUAUUUCUAGCUUACUAUUGUUGUGAUAGGAACUAAAGCCAAUUUGCUGAGAUUUAAUAAAUAGCUAAAUGUGACAAUGAGCCAUAUGUGGUGGGUACAUACACACUCUCAUGUUUCAACCACCAAUCCUGUAUGUUUUUUGCUGGUUGUUUGUGUGUUAAAAAUAAAUGUACUCUUUCACUGCUUGUGUAUGUGCUGUAUCUGCUGGACUCACUUAAGAGGGAUAACUCUUAAUUAUUUAUCUAUUAGUUUCAGUCUACAAUCUUAAAACUGUCAGUACAAUGGCACCAUCAUUUAUUGACACUUAAUGUAAGGAGAUGACUUAACAAUUUCAGAUUUCAAUACAGAUUUAUUUGCACAUUUUUUUAUGAUGGCCUCAUAUUUCUUUUGAAAUAAAUAUUGUAUGUUCAUUAAAUAGAAGUCUUAUAAUAAAAUAACUUUUGAAUAACACCUGAUUUCCUGUGGCUAGACUUGAUUAAAUACAUUUUGGUUUUCCUGGGUGAUGUUUUUUGUAAUGAUAAAUUUGUAUUUGCAACCCUGAUUUAUUUAUGUUAUAUGAAUAA